AUUAAAUUAAGUUUAACAAUUCAAAAACAAUAAAACAAGUACCUACUAUAGCUUGGUUUUAUUUUUUUCCCUAUUUUUGGAUCAUUGUCUGCUUUAUUUCAUUAUUUUGGAAUUCGAAGUAUGGUAUGUGGAUUGUGGGUAGGUAUGUGUAAUAAUCAUAACAACCCAUUUCUGUGAAUUGACGCGAUCAGAGGCAAAGAAGGUUGGACGCGGGAUAUAAAUAAAAAUUAUUUAAUGCCUAUAUUUAUUUUAUCAUUUUGGAGGGGAUAUGUUCUUCAAUAUUCAAAAAAGGUUAUUGGUAAAAAAAAUAAGUCGUUAGGUAGAAUUGGCAACAUUGCUUUUGAUAAAUGGUAUUUGAACAUGUCCGCGUAGGAGCAGUCCAUUUACCGCAGUGUUUUGUGUUGCAUAUUAAACAUUUCCGAAGAAUAUAAAUCAUAAAUGAUUAAAAAACUUGUUAAAUUAGUGUUUGUGUAAGUCAAUUUUGUGAUUUGAUUUUUUAAACAUUGUACUACCCACUGUUGAAACAAUUCAGUGGCAAUUCCACGUCGGUGUUGGUUUUUAGGUUGUAAACAUGGCUCUUUGGGAGCAAAUUCAGCAACUUCCCCAGGAAUAUUACCAUCGAUUAAGAACUUACUAUGAACAUAGAUAUCCCAUUGAAGUUAGACACUCUUUGGCUGCUUUUAUUGAGACAAACUUUCAAAUCAAUGGCAGUCCCGAUGAUCUCCAGUAUCAGCAAUAUGUAAUCACUACAAUUAAUGGAUUAGUAAAAGAACUUGAUGAUAGGGUUACUACUAAUGCUGAAAAAAAUUGGCUUUUGACCCAAAAAUUUUCAGAGGCAGCUUUGACAUUCAAACUUAGUAAUCCUUUGGAGUUGUACAAAAUUAUAAGAGAUGGAUUGACAUUCGAGUUGCAAUUGGUUCACAAUAAAAUGGACACAAAUAAAGGGGCCGAAAUAUUACAAAAGAUGAACGAUUUAUUUGCAAGAGUUUCAGAAAUCGCACAAGAUUAUAAUAAAAUGUCACAGGAAAGUGAUAGUGUCUGUGAUAACUAUCAUAAGAUUCUUGAUAAUAAUGCACUUAUUGCGCAUUACGCCAAUCGUGGAAACGAUCCCGAAAACGUACAAAUGAGACAAAAAUGCGAAAUAAAUCGACAAUUAUUGGAUGCGGCUUUCCAAACAACAUUUAAUAACUUCGGCCAGUUGAAACUGAGCUUGUCGGAAAAAUCGAAAGCCAUAUUCCAGGAUCUCGAGCUGAUGCAGAAGCGCAUUGUAAUGGAAGAGCUCGACAACUGGAAGAGAGAGCAGCAGUUGGCGGGAAACGGCGCAAAAUUUGACGCGGCCACUUUGGACACCAUACAAGAUUGGUGCCAGUCUCUCGCGGAACUCAUCUGGAAGUCCAGGCAAAUUAUCACAAAGGCAAAGUCCAUCAUAGAAAACAACGAGUUGCUGCUAACGCAACCCGACAACAUUCUGCCCCAAUUGCAGCAGAACUUUUCCGACCUUCUCAAAACAAUGAUCAAGCGCACUUUUGUGAUCGAAAAGCAGCCUCCACAAGUGAUGAAAACCUCCACGAGGUUCCCGACUACAGCCCGUCUUCUGGUCGGCGUCCCAUUGGGCGUGCACAUGUCCCCCCCGCAAGUUACAGUCACCAUUAUAUCCGAACAACAAGCCCUGACGCUCUACCAGCAAAGCGAAAUCGUCAAACCUUUCAAAGACAAUUCGGGCGACCUCAUCAACAACACCGGCACCAUGGAGUACCAGCAGGCCGCCAAGCAGCUGACCGUCAGCUUCAGGAACAUGCAGCUGAAGAAGAUCAGGCGCACUGAGAAAAAGGGCACGGAGAGCGUGAUGGACGAGAAGUUCUGCCUGCUGUUUCAAUCGCACUUCCAAAUCGGCGGCGAUCUGUUUCACGUGUUGACGUUCAGUUUGCCGGUGGCGGUGAUCGUGCACGGCAAUCAAGAGGCCCACGCCUUGGCUACUGUGACCUGGGACAACGCGUUCAGUCUGCCCGACAGGGAACCCUUCAAAGUCCCAGACAAGGUGCCGUGGCCAAAAGUGGCUGAAACGCUGUCCGUCAAAUUUUACUCGUAUACGGGUAAAGCUCUUGAUGAGGAUAACUUGCAUUUUUUGGCGGAAAAAGCGUUCAGGGGGCAGUAUAAUGAGAAUUCGAUGCUCACUUAUGCUCAGUUCAGCAAAGAUCCGCUGCCGGAAAGGAACUUCACGUUCUGGGAGUGGUUCUAUGCCAUCAUGAAGCUGACCAGGGAUCAUUUGAAGGGUCCCUGGAAAGAUGGUGCCAUAAUGGGUUUUGUUAAAAAAAACAUAGCGGAAGAAAUGUUGUCCAAAACAUGCCUUGGAACUUUCUUGCUACGAUUUUCCGACAGCGAGUUGGGCGGAAUAACAAUCGCCUGGAUUGGUUAUAACAACGAUAACUUCGAAGUACUCAGCCUUCAACCGUUCACGGCGAAAGAUAUUGGCGUGCGAGCGCUGCCCGAUAGAAUAGCCGAUUUGAAUUAUCUCGUUUACUUAUAUCCAAACACGCCCAAAGAACAAAUUUUCCAGAAAUAUUAUACUCCAUACUCUGAUACAUCAACCACACCUUCUGGUUAUGUGAAACCAUUGUUGGUUACGCAUGUCCCAGGUUGGAGCAACAACUUCGCAAAUGCCCCUUCAAUGCCUGCGCGUCCAGAUUCCGUGGCAAGCAGCUACGCCCCCUCGAUGGCAACCACCGUACCAAUGGAGGCCCUUGAUAUGAACGAUAUGAAUGAACUUAUUAGCAAUUAUUUGCCUCAAAUACAGUUGAUGGACUAAACGAUAACCAAUCCCACAACAAAUUUUUUUUAAAGUUUUAUUAGUGGCUUGUUUAGAAUUAAAACAAUCGCAAUUCGAAUAUUAUGUAAAGGCCAUCAUUUGUGUGCCAAAACUCAAAUGUGUUUGCUGUUGAUUUAACGCCAUAUUUUUAUUUAGCAAAUAGUUUUUAUUUUUGGUUGUGUUUCAACCAAUGCUGUUUUUACAAAUGUUAAACUAUUUUUAUGCAUAUUUAAGUACAUUAUUCAUGCGAGUACGAAUAAUAAUUGUUGUGCAAUUUUUUUAAUUUUUUAUAGAUUUUAAUUUUUAACUAAUUUUAAUUCCGCCGGUGCUUGUUAUGUAAUUAUGUUCAUAUUUACUCACCUAUAGUGUCUUACCCCAAAUAUAUUCUUAGAAAUAGUUGCACUAUUUAGAAUUUAACUCACAGACAAUCUACAUAGAUAUUUUAGUAUUUAUUCAUAGUAAAAUAGAUGUGAUAAUAAAGCAAAUGUAGGUUAUACUAACUCUUAAAAAAAUAUUUCUUGCGAAAUUUACACCCUAUACACAAGUUAUUUUUGAUGAGAUGAUUUAGCAAUUAAAUCCAGGUGCAAUUACUUAUUUACCCUACUAAAAUUGUUAUGCUCCUUUAAUAGGGUAAAUCUACCUAGAUAACAUUUAUUAGAUGAUCUAGUAUGGUCUAUAUUUUGUUGAAAAAGAGUUUGUCUUUUUGUAUUAUCAGCAUAGUUUAUUGUGAAAUAAAAGAUAAAUUGCGAA